AUGCCAUGGCAAGGAGUUCCCCGGCCUCCCAUUCCUCUGGGCCUGCGGUCUUACGGCCUCCUGCGCAACUCCACUCCACUCCCUAGCAGCUCCAUGUCCAUCCUCUCCGAACUUCUGCAGAUGCCGGAGGUCCAGGAGGCGAGAGAGUACUACGAGUCCGGGAAGUUCAACCUUGCUAUCAACCGCCUAGUCAGGACGGAAGAGAUCUGUCAGUCUGCUGGGAUGCCUGAGCUGAACCUCUUUGCUGUUGACUCUCUUGCCCACCUGUACGCUCUCUCGGGAGAUUUCUCCAAGGAGGCGAGUUAUCGUGCGAAAUGCGUGCAGGCAGGGCUUGAUUUGCAGCAAGUUGAAGCAGUAGUGAUGAGAGAAGAUCGAGUAGCACCAGAGGGACGUAUGAGUACAAAGAUCUGCACCAGCAGUGAGAUAAAGGAAACAAAACCUGGAUUUCACUCCGAUUACCUCGCCUUCGAGGCAGUUCAUAGCUCCUGCUUGACGGACGUCAAGAUCGGCUUGCUUAAUGUCAGCAUGAUCCACCAGGCGAAGAGCAUGGCGGUGAGGCUGGGCAAGGACGGGCCAUCGCUACAGAGAGCAUGCGACAUUACAGAGGCUCUUGCAAUGCUCGACGGUUCCCAUCCUUCGUCCACUGCAGACGAUGCUGAAGCCUUCUUGACGGACCUGUGUCAAUCGCUAGACAAGGACGGCAAUCAGAUUCCUGUGCUUGGAGCGUGCGCGCAUGUCUUCCUUGGGUUGGCUCAGCAGCAGUCUGGAGCAGUUGAUGUCGCCAAGUCGCACUGGGACGCAGCAAUGAGCAAGAUCGAUCGGCCGGCGAUGGUUGGAGAAGCAGCUGUAAAGAUCGCAGGGCUGCAUCUACUCUGUCUUUAUUACCUUGAGAAGAAGGAGCUCAAACUCGCGGACGACACGGCAGCAGAGGCUCUCAACAUCGCAGAGACUUCAAACUUGCUCGAUGCCGUUGACGUCAGUUUGCUUGUCAUUGCCAAGAUCAGAGUUGAGACUGGCGACUUCGUCGUCGCUGAGGGUCUCCUGCGAAGCUGCACCGCCAACCUGACGCCCAAGAAAGGCCUCCAGCCCAGCAUGUGGCGGCUGAAGAUUUUACAGGACGUGACAGAGACAUACGCGGGGAUGAUGGAGAAGAUGACCAUCAAUAACAAGAGUCGCAAGCCCGACGGGGACCUGGCUCGCGAGAAACUCGCUGAGCUCGAGACUCGUUUCCCCGUUGCUGCUCAGGCGGCGUCGACGCUGCGCAACCGGAAGUUUCCGUCCUGGUACAUGCAGGUGGUGCGACCAAACCUGCCGCUGCUGCUGCAGGAGAAAGGAUGA